CUCGGCCCGCCCCUCCCCACCCCAACCCUACUUCCUCCCUCCCUCCCUCCACCCAUCCAAAUCCAACCCGGCACCCCCCCCCGCACAAAAGCGGCGAAACACCCGACCCAGCGCCGGAAACAAAACAACUAAAACGAACACACAGCGGGCGGGCGGGCGGGCGGCGGCGGGAGAUCGCCCCGGGAUUGGCCGCGGCCCCGCGCCGAUUCCCGAUCGGGUGGGGGCCGAUCCCCGCGCCCGCCCCAGAUCCCCGCGCGAUUCCGCCGCCGGCGAUGAGUGCCCCCGCCCCAUGCUCCCCCCGGCCACCGGCCCACUGAGCCCGCGCCCGCGCCUGCCGCAGCGGGAGGAGGAGAGGAGGUCUGCUUGGGGGCGGCGCCGGCGGCGGAGGGCUCUGGUCUUGGUGGUCGGCUGAUCCGGCGGGCGGGGCCCCAGGCGGCCGUGCCAUGUCUCGCUGCUUCCCGUUUCCGCCCCCAGGAUAUGUCAAGACCGCGCGCCCCGACGCCCACCUAGCCUCGCCCCUGCUCGACAAGGAGAAACACAAGGAGAAGAAGCAUAAGAAGGACAAGAAGGACAAAGAUAAAAAAGAAAAGAAGGAUAGAGAAAGGAGUAAAGAUAAGCACAGAGAUAAAAAAGAUCGAAAAGAGAAGCACAAAGAUAAGAAAAAGGACAAGAGCAAAGAUAAAAGCAGGGAAUCUGAAGGGACUGAAAGACAUGGUGAGGCUCUCCUUGGUCAGAAGUUUGAAGAGAGUAGCAGGAAGUCUGAAGAAAUUAAGGAUCCUAUAUUCAGGGAGGAACUGGUUAGAAAGACACAAGAUCAGAAAGGGGUGGAGAAUCGAGCUGUUAACAACUUCACUAUUUCAAAUGAACGAAGUCGUGAAGGUUUUAACGCUGCACCUGCAUUGGAGAAUGACAGGACUGCAGUUAACAAAAUGCGUAUUCACUCUAUUGACGCUUCAAGGAAAAAUGAGGGCUUGGGGCAACAGACCAUCACUAUCAAUCAACAGAAAAAUGGGACAUCGAUUCGACGCAGCGAGAACUUCAACAGUUCAUCUCAAGGAGGCUCUGAUGGCUUUAGUACAGCACCUAUGGUGGAGAAGGAAAGAGUCAAAGUCACAAGACCUCUCUCCAACUCUACUGAUUCUGUGCCAAGGAAAGAGGGAACGGGGCAGCGUAUCAGUAACAUUAGCAUACUGGUGCAGAAGAGAACUGAGAGCCCAAAUAAAGAGACUGCAAAGAAAGAAAUUGGCACCAACUCUCCGUUGCUUCGAAGCCCUGCUAAUGCUAUGCACAGGGGAAAUGGUAAGGUUGGUCGUCCGGUGGAUAGCGCACCAACAUCCAUGCAGAGGUUUGAGAGUCCAUCAACAUCUGGUGCAUCAACAGGGAUGGAUAGAAGUCUACCUAGGUCAACUAUCCCAAGCCCAAGCAUUACUAUCCGAAGGCCAAAUGGGAUGGUUCGGCCAACUGAAAACUUGUCCAUUUCCACUAGUAAGCCCAAUGCUGGAGGUGUUUCACCUGCCAUGGGCAAGGAAAAGGGACCAGGUGGAAGAAUGCUACAGAAUACUGUUUCAGCUGAUCAGAAACUGGUUGGUGCUAAGCCCCCAGCUCUGGGCAAGGAAAAGGAACCAGGUGGAAGAAUGCUGCAUCCUUGUGUUUCAACUGAUCAGAAACAGGUUGAUUCUAAACCCCCAGCUGUGGAGAAAAUUGCAGUUGGAAGAGCUGAAAGGGUGGAAAAGGUCAGAGAUGGGGCAUCUGAUGAUACAAAGAAAGAGGACAAAAAACGUGAGCGGCAUGAGAAAAAGAAGAGGAAAGAGAAACACAAAGAGAAGAAAAAGGAGAAGGAGGCAAAGAAGGAGAGACAGGAACAUAAUCACAAAGAGCAUGAUAAGUUAAGAGAAAACAGUAUAGAUUAUCAGAUAGACAGUCUGAUAGAUAGUCUUGACACGAAGCCCUUAACCCCUCCCUUGGCUCCUCCAACUGAUGAUGCGAAAGUUAUCCUAGCCGAUGAAAACCUGAAGAAGCGAAAGAACCACGAGAUGAAUGGUUACCUACAAAACCAUCAUGAAAUGCGGCCUACAAAGUUACCGAGACCAGCCCCCUCCAGCAAUCAUGUGGAGAAUGGUACAGCAUCUCAUGUAGCCGCGCCACCCUCUUCCAUGAAGCCAGAUGCCAUGAAAAUCGAAAAGGCUGAACGGCUCCCUAAGAAGGAAGAGAAGGUCAAUGGCAACAAGGAAGCUCAGCAGCGACCUUCACUCGAUUCAGGGCUUCGAGAUUCUCUCCCUAAUAAGAAGGAAGAGAAGGUCAAUGGCAACAAGGAAGCUCAGCAUCGACCUUUGGUCGAUACAGGGCUUCGAGAUCCUCUCCCUAAGAAGGAAGAGAAGGUCUAUGUCAACAAGGAAGCUCAGCAGCGACCUCAGGUCGUUUCAGGGCUUCGAGAUCCUCUCCCCAAGAAGGAAGAGAAGGUGGCUGUCGGCAAGGAGGCUCAGCAGCGACCUGCAGUCGUUUCAGGGCUUCGAGAUCCUCUCCCUAAGAAGGAAGAGAAGGUGAAUGUCAGCAAGGAGGCUCAGCAGCGACCUGUGGCCGUUUCAGGGCUUCGGGAUCCUGGGGCAUCAUCUGGGAAUGGCGCACCUGCUAGGAAGUCACCUCACCCAGAUUUCAAGUAUCUGGGGCAGAUAUACAGCAUCCCCGAAGCACCUCAGAUCAUGGAGUGUGAUUACGGUGAUCAGGACUGGCUGUUCGAGCGGCGUAGCACCCAGCCAGAGAAGGCCAAGAUGGAGACCGAGGCCGACGCAGUGCCCCAAGUGUGGGCUGAGGCUAUGAAAAUCGACCCGGCUGACGUCAUCGCUCUGCCAUACGUCAUUCCUUUCUGAUACGAUAUGAUGCAUCCUGAACUACUGAGCAAAGAUCGUGUCAAGUAACUGAGCACUCAGCACAUCAAGUUUGCAACUAGUUUCUACUUUCUAGCACUGCUUCUCUGCUACAGCUUGUGUAGCUCGGCGGCAGGCAUGGGUGAUUCAUCCAUUGGUGGGGUAGCUGUAGACCGGUGCGUGACAACUCAGCACUUGUGAGAGAGCUGGCAGGUGUAGAGUAUCGAUCCCGACAAGUGCUGUGCUGCCCGGAGAAGAAGAGAAGAGAAGACAUUGGUGUCUGUUGGUCGUCGCCGAUCCUGCGACAGCGGGGUCAUGAUGAGCUAGCUAUCCUUGCUGCAUAUGCUGCUGCCGCUGCACAAUUUUGAUCUGUAUGGUGUAAAAGCAUUUUUAUAACCAACAUGUACAUUAGAGAGACAGGAGAAGGGGAGAGGGAGAAGAGGAAGAAGAGACUUUGAGUGAGUGAGACAUUCAUUUAUAGUUGGAUUGGUUGGUGAGACACACACAUAAUCUGCUGCUCCUGCUGCUGCUGCUGCCUGAUUUAUUCUUGUUCCCAGAGUUGGCAUGUCGUUUUGUGUAUAUAACUCUCCUCUUUUUUUAGUGGUUUUACAUUACAUAGAUGAUGGUGUUUUUGCCGAGGUUUUGUAACGAACGCCUUUGGUGUUGGAGAGUCACUGCAGGCAGGGUA